GUGUGUGUGUGUGUGUGUGUGUGUGUGUUAAGCGACCAAACUGGGAGGAGGAGUCGUGGGCUCGUGCGAUGCCCCUUCCAUUCCCUUCCCUUCUCUUCCCUCCCUCCCUCUUCUUCGUAUUCUUUUCAAGAGAGAAUAAAAAAAAAACGGAGCGCGACGGGGGGAGCUGUUGGUGGUGCUGCGCGAGCGGAAAGGCGUCAUUUUAGCCCAAAUACGAGUCACGCAAAGAGCGGCACGAGCGUCGGCGAACACACGCCGAGCAAAAAAAGCGAAGGGAAGGGGUGGCGCCGGGAAGACGUCAAAAAAAAAGAGAAACAACAACAAAAAAAAAAAAAUCGGCGUGCUUUGAAGGGCACGAGCGUCGGUUUCCUGUUCCACUCCGUCCGCAUCACCAUCACCACCACCAUCAUCAUCAUCAUCAUCAGCAGCAGCAGCAGCAAUAACAGCAAAGCAAUCAGGAUGGCUCCGUCUUCCUCAGUGAUCUCCGGCGCGAGGCAUCGCCAGGGCUGCGGCGUCGGCGCGCGGUCGCUCGCGGGCGUCGUGUUCACGCGCGGCUGUCAGUGAAGCGCCCUCCCCAAGCUGCAGGUUCGCUCGCGCUUUCUCGCGGAGGAUCCGGAGGCAGGCCGCCGUCCCAAAUCUCUCUUGAAUUUGAACGUAAAGCAUGCCACUGUGUCCUGAUCACCGAAACGGCAAAGUUUAACCGAGCUGGAAGCAAAACAAAGGCCGGAUCUUCUUCGCUUUUAGCUUUCAGUGAAUCUCUGGAGACCCCCAAACCGGGCGAUGGAUAACGCAGCAGUCAGUCGAAAAACGAAUAAAUUGCACCUGGAGGAAAAGCUAAUUCACCGAAGGGGAAAGGACGCAGGAUGUCAAAGGCACACUUUCGAUAGUGGUUACUUUCACUUCGCACCAACUUCUAGGCGAACUUUGGCCUGUGAAUUGACGAACCUCAGCCUUGUGAGCCAAUAGAAACCAAGAAGGAUGAAAAUGCGACGCCACAGAGUGUUUUUACUUUGCACCGUGGGGCUGUGUGUCAUUUCUUUCCUGCACUACUACAAGGCCCUGCAUUACGUGUCUCUGCUACGGGAACUUACAGCACCCUACCCAAACAUCAAGUCCUUUAUAAUGGUGACUGGAUUCUUCUGGAAAGAGAAAGCCACCCCACUGUCCAGUGCCUCUCCAGAAGAGGCACCCCCACCAGUCCUCAGACCCUCAGAGACCAGGCACCGGCCUCAGGAAGGAACCAGGGGCAUAGGUGCAGGAGUGGAGUUGAACAUUGCCGGAGAACCCAGAGCACCACAGCCUUGGGUGAGACCAGAGGAACCGCAACACAAAGAUCCAGCCCCUAAGAAGGAAGACAAGACGAACAUGUGGCAACCCAGUAGUGCAGUGGGACAGCGAGUGGACCUUGUGAGAUCAAAUACUCCAAGUGUGGUAUUGAAAAAGCAGAAAACCCAGCGUGCAUCAACUCCAGACCCCAUCAUGUUUCUGGGUGAUUUACACAAGCGGCACGUCAUCCUUCAGGAGGACAACACCCCAUACUUUGUCCGCACCAAAGCUGGCGCUCUGUGUUUUCGGCAAGGGACAGAGAUAGUGCCCCCAAGAGAUGAUUCUGGGGCAGUCAAAGGUAAGCCUACAGUGGCUGGGGUCCUUCAUAGGAACAUAUUGCAAGUUCCAGAGGACUCCAAUGCUCGAGCAAAAUUGGUGGAAGACUCAAGUCCCACCAGAGUGAAGCCCAAAAGGGGCAAGCGUCUUGUAAAAUGUGUAUGCCGUUCUGGUUGGCAUGGUCCCUACUGUGGAGUGCCUACAAUGGUGUACCACUCGAACCUGCCCACCAAAGAGAGACUGACCCCUCGUGAAAAGCCACGGCGCGUCAUUAAUGCCAUCAACAUCAACCAUGAGUUUGACCUGCUCCACGCCCGCUUCCAUGAGCUGGUUGACGCCGUUGACCUCUUCCUAGUAUGCGAGUCCAACUUCACAGCAUAUGGAGAGAGGCGCCCGCUGAGCUUCCUGCAUCUACUACUCAAUGGCACUUAUGACUACAUGCGUCAUAAGAUCCUAUAUGUAUUCCUGGACCACUUUCCUGACGGUGGCCGCCAGGAUGGCUGGAUUGCCGAUGACUACCUGCGCACUUUCCUUACACGGAAUGGCAUGGGUCGAGUGCGGGGUGCACGGCCUGAUGAUGUUUUCCUCAUCAAUGAUGCUGAUGAGAUCCCGGCCCGUGAGGGCAUUCUUUUCCUCAAGCUGUUUGAUGGCUGGACUGAGCCGUUUGCCAUUCACAUGCGCAAAUCACUGUAUGGCUUUUUCUGGAAACAGCUUGGCUCUCUUGAAGUGGUUUCAGGAUGCACAGUGGGGAUGCUCAAGGAGGUCUAUGAAAAUGACGGUAUCCGCUUGCGCCGGCGCGAGUACUACACCAUGCCUAAUUUCCGCAAAUAUGAGAAUGACACAGGACACAUCCUGGUGCAGUGGUCAGUAGGAAGCCCCUUCCACUUUGCCGGGUGGCACUGCUCCUGGUGUUUCACGCCUGAGGGCAUCCACUUCAAACUUGUGUCUGCCCAAAAUGGUGACUUCCCUCGUUGGGGAGACUAUGAGGACAAGCGGGACCUUAACUACAUUCGUGAGCUUAUCCGCACUGGGGGUUGGUUUGAUGGCUCUGUGCAGGAAUACCCUCCCACGGACCCUAAAGAGCACAUGUAUGCCCCCAAGUACAUGUUGGACAAUUAUGAGAACUAUCGCUACCUGCUGGACAACCCUUAUGUUAAGCAGCCUGCUCUGAGUGGGGGGUAAGGAAGAGACAAGGUGGGGUUUAGAUGUAGUUCAUCUGGAUAAUAAUGGAAAAUAUGUUCCAGUGGAAGUUAUCAGGGGAGGAAGGGGAGGAACCAAACUCUGCCUACAUCCGUUUUCCCCUUUCUUACUCAUUGGAUCAAACCCCAAAGGUUUAUUACCACCAUCCAGUCCCUGGCAGAGGAGGGUGGGACCAGCCAUGGCAAUGGAUGAACAUAAGUGAUUUUUUGUUUGUUUGUUUGUUUCUAUUGCUGUUUGCUAAGUGGAUAUGCAGAAUCCAUCAAGAGACUGUAUCAGACCACUCCAUAAAUUAAGAAUUUAUUACACUCUAACCCCUUUGUGUGUGAGAGAUAAAGAGAAAGAGUGUGUGUGUUUGUGAUUGGCCUUCAUGGUUCUUGGUGCACUCCUAUCAUUUGCUUGCAGUUUUGAAAAAUGAAAUCUAACUAUACAGAUUUAUCUUAUAUAUUUGAAUCUUUUUUUUUUGCACACUAGGCUGAUUUGUGGCAGUCAGUGGAGCGAUUUCUGUAUGAAAGAGAGAAACAGGAAACAGUUUGAUUAGUUUCUGAAUAUGUGAAACAUGGGGUUUAGUUAAUGCAGCACUUUCGGGCCAAACAUAGCUCUGACUGCUGAAACUCUUGGCCAGUGGUGUGAAGUGCACUCAGAGGGUUCAGUUAUGGAGAACCAAAAAUGGCUUGGAUGUUGGUGAUGGUCAUGCAUGCGGGAUAGAAGAGGAAAGGAAAAAAGAAAGAAGUUUGGAGCAGGGAGUAAAGGGUAGGUAGAAAUGGAGAAGAGGGCAAGAGUAGGUUUGUCCGUUCCCUUGCCUACAUAGAACCCAAUACAUUAUGGAUGGUGGUAAUGUGCAGCACAGCAGGAGACCAUUACAGUUGAAGAGCAGGCCACAGAGGAGAAGAGAAUAGUCCCUCCUUUCUUUCUAUCCUUCUCUCCCAGCUUGUCUUUCUGUCAUAUGGCAGAUUUUGGCAUUUUGAAAUGUUUGCCAGGGGAAAGGCGAUGAAAAUCGCAAUUUUCAGUUAUGUCAACAAAUCCAUUUGCGUUUGUAAGAUCUUUUUACAGCAGAAUAUGGAAUGUUAUGGAAUGGUAUUAGAGUUACACUUAAUCCGAAUUUUCAUGUCCCUUUCUUACAAAAAAGCGCAAAAAGCAAGACAACCUAGAAUGGGAAUGAGAGCAGAAACUUAACGAGUUCCACUCCAUACUAAGAAUAUGAUUAAAUUUACUGGGAAAUGAACGCAUUUAGAAGGCCAGUGAUAAAUUCCUGCAAUAGUUGCUGUAGGCAAUGGAAAAGUCAAGGCAGCUAAGUGAAAGAAAUUCUCACACACUUUGUAAUAUAGAAAAAAUUCUCAAUGGAUGUGUGUUCAACACAACAUUUUUCAUUAUAAACAGAACUUAUGGGACAGCAGGGCUAGCAGGUUUCAUAUGAAGUGAAAUUUCUGUAAGGUAUAUCAAGUCAUGGAUCCGAGCUGCUGGCAGCAAAAUCUGCAAAAAAAAAAAAAAUUAUAAUUAUACGGAUAAAGUCGAUGGGAACAUUGCUAUCUGGACACAUCCAAAUUAUUUUUCAUAUUAUCUUAUCUCAAGCAGCAGUGUGUGUUGUCAUUGUGAAAGUGUGAAAAGCGGGGUAGUAAACCAGCAGUGAUGGGAAGGAGGGGAGAGCAAGAGGGAGAGUGUGAGCGAGAUCAGCAAAAUCCCAGCAUUCAAAUGAGGUCACAAAGUCCUCAGCAUGGGGCGUCCACAUCCCCUGUGUAUAUGUGUGUGUGUGUGUGUGUGUGUGAGAAAGAGAGAGAGGCCGAGUCCAUGCUGCAGCAAAACCACUCAUGAGUGCCAAACGAAGGGAGGAAGAGAAGCCAAGCAAAGAAGCGACACAUCAUCUAUGCAUUUUUGCGCGUUUGCUUUUAACUAAAUAACCAUGUUUCCUGUUCCACUGUGCAUCCUCCUUCCUGUCAAAACUUCUCGCUGCAUCUGACCCACACACACACAAACACAAACACACACAUUUCCCUCCCGUGUUCCUCUUCCUUGCCAGCUUUUGAGUUGGCUGCCAAAAAUAACCUCGGCUUAAUGACAGUGGGAUUUUUCACCCCCUCCUUCUCCACCCCCUGCAAGAGCUGUUUAUGUUGUAUGGUUUGUAUCCUCCACUGUCUUCGCACCAGAGGAUGAUGAGGGUUUGAUGGGCAUUGUGCUCUACCGGGCACACUAAGUUCUCCCCUGCCGCAUCAGGCUGGGCUGUUUCCAUGGUGACAUGACAUCCUGCCUGCAAAGUGAACACUAUUCAGAACAACAGGGCUACGUUUGCAUACCUGAAUGAAACUUCGAUCUGAGUGAAAGGGCUGUGAUCAUUUGUUUAAUAACCUGUUAAACAGAUGAAUAAAUUGCAGUGUACACUUAGGAAUCCAAAUGAUUAUCAUGGAUCCAAAAUCCAAUUGAAUCAGCAUAGUGGAGGUGCAAUUUGCUGAUAAAUUUGGCGGCUACUGAGGAUUGGUCUUGUGUGGAAAGCCAAGCAAAGCCACAGUUUUUAAGCAGAACAUCCCUGAUGAUGAAAUCUUUUAUCCUUUAAGUAAUUUGGCUACUUUUUGAAGAGAACACUUAACACACUUAGCUGCCGUUAUGAUAACGUUGUCGGUAAAUUCCAUACCUUACAUACGCAUACAUUUUGUCUGGAUUAUAUAUUUGAAGUCUACUCGUAAAGAUAGAUUGGGAUUUGAAUACUAAAGGUCUUCAGUAAUCCUUUUAAAAUCAGUAAAACCCCUCAGUACAGCUUCAUUUUAUUUCAUUUAUUUUUUUUUUUACUAUUGAUCGGUGACCUUUCACGUUUCUGGGACAUGAUUAUGAAUUUCUAUUCAUGAAUGUGUUUUUUAAGGUAUUAAACCCAUUCAAUUCAAGUGACAAGAAAAAUCUAUUUUUAUGAGCUGUUUUUACAACGAAACUGCCGCUUUUAGAAUUAAGGACUCGAAAAGCCUGUUGAUGAUCAGUUGUGUCUCAUCUCCAUUUUUAAAUCCAUGGCUUCACGGUCCAGACUUUUGUUUGAAUUCUGGAAUCGGAUUGAAUUCUUUCUGCUUGCCUUAAAUCUGUACGUGUUGUGAAACCGAGCCCGAGUGACUCGGAGAGGAGGAGAGUUUAGGGUGUGUGUUUGCAAACCUGCUCUCUUAAAUAACUGACCGAAAUCUGAAGAAGGAUGCUCUGGAUGCCGGUGUUCUGCUGUCAUCUUUGCUUUCUCCGUGUCGCUGACGUAGUUUCUAACUCCCCCAAGUGUGCACUUGCUCCGAGCGCUGAGCCAGAACAGCAAGAGGAUUAAGAGGAAGCACUUUAAUAGCGUCGCCCUCUAAGCUGCUACGUUCGGGACAAAGCUCCGCUGUGCCCUGUCACAUCUGCAAUGCAGCAGUGCUGUGUUUACAACCGGGAUCCUGAAUCCUAACAUGCGUUACAGAUGCACACGCACAGCUGGAAAUGCGCUCGCUUUGGUGACACGUCAGCCAAGUGAGUCACGGUAACAUAAGUUUAAAAUACUCCUAUGCUUCUGGGCUGUUCUUCAUUCUGAAAGAACGAAUCCCCUGUGGACUUCUCUCACCCGGUUCCGCCUAAACACUUGCUGAUUUAUGCCGCUUUCCUAUCCCUCCAAACCGCCAUCAUCUUAACAGGUUACUUAAUGCUAGCCAGCUUGCUAGUGAACCUGGUUACUAGUUUUUACUUCAGAGCUAGCUUGAUAGUGCUACUAGUUUUAAUCAAAGUUUAGCCUAAAGUUAGCCAGCCUUCAAAAUCAGCAUUUGGGUUAAAUUACAAAAUACAAUUAGCUAGCUUGAAAGCGAAAUAAGUUAUGUGGUAUAAUAGUGAGCAUAGCGUCAACUAGUUUGCUAGCAAAACUGGCUCCUGGACUUACUUCAGAAACACAAAAAUAAUACAAUAUAAUUAGCUUUAACGUUAUCAAGAGUUUAAAAUGGUUUUCCUGCUUGUUUUGGCUUCUUCUUGACCAUCCAUUUAAACGUGCAAGUUGAGAAUAUGCGAAUGAUGAGACGGAGUCUGUUUUAAGGGCUCUCUUUUUCUUGAGAUGUUUCCAGCAUUUCGACAUCCAGCAUUUCCAUGGAAGUAACUGAUCAGCCUUCAAGUCACUCCAGAAUACUUGGGGGGGGGCCCUAGACAAUUUCCUGUUCUGUAGAUAUGUUCAAAUUAAAAUAGAAGAUCUACUCUUGUUGAGACCGGGACAUGAAAAUCACUCGGGCAAAAUCAGGACGUGAGACGCUUGACCCUGGCUACCUGAUACAGGGAGAGAGAAGAUAAGUGUAAGAAUUGCACUGCAGGAAGUCUUUGCCAGCGUAAUAUAAACUUGCACAGCCAACCGAAAUCAGAAAUAUGAUUCUGGGUUCUGUAGGAGAAAGGGGGAGGGUAGGAAAGCCUUGAUGUUUUCAGUUUGGAAUGUUGGCUACGAGAAGGGAACUGCUUCAUUUUAGCUGUUGACAAAAAUGCAGCAACAUGAUGAAUGUAUAAGUUGUUGAGACUGGAGUGGUGGUGGUGUGUAUGUAGCUUCUAACAAAAAAAAUACACAACACACUGAAUGUAUACGAUGUUGACACUGAAGUUGCGGUGUGUGUUUUCUUGUGGGGUUUUUUUUUUUGUACAAACCCACAAGUUUAUUCUUAAACUUGUCAUAACCAUGCCCCCUUGCCACUGUUUUUAAAUCCAGCAUUAGGGAUUCUCGUUUCUGAUUGGUCGGUAUUUGUUUUGCAGUUUCUAUGAGCACGCUUAUAAAUGUGUUUUAUGUAAUUUGUACGUUUUCUGACAAAAGAAUGAUUUUGGAGGGUUCAUCGGUAACCUGAUAAGCUGCAUUUUAUUGUCUUAAAAAGAGAGACAGUUUCUAGCUGUUGUAACCUGUAACAAGUGCAAAUCUCUUUCAUUGACAAAAUGAUCUAUAAACAGGUAUACAUUUUGUUGUGGUGAUCUUUAAUAAAUACAGAUUUGUAGAGGAAUUUGUAGAGGAAAUUAAACACUUCAGGACUUGUUGUUAUAAGAAUGUAAAGACUACUGUGAAGCUCAGUUUUACCCGACUAGUGCUCUAGAGAAGGAACUAAAAAAGGUUCCUGGAACUAUGGCGUCAUACGACAAUUGGUGUUUGGGGGGAUAAAAAUUCCAAAGUCGCUGUAUCUCAGCUUCCUGUGGUGAAAUUUUACCCCAAAUUUCUGAAUUCUGGUAAACGUUCCUGUGGCGAAAAUGUUAUAAAAAAAAUUCCUGUGGUGAAAAUCUUCUGAAAAUGUUGGUAAACUGAGAAGGUUCCAUUCGGCUUAGACAAGUUACCCAUGUUCCUUAAUUCCUGUAGAGACUCCUGUGGUGAAAAUCUUCUAGAAAAUUCUGGUAUCCCUGUAAAGGUUCCUGGGAUUUUAAAAGCUUCCCAAGUUCCUGAAUUUUUCUAAAGGUUCCUGUGGGGAAAGUCGUCCAGAAAAUGCUGGUAUCCCUGAAAAGGCUCCUGGGAUUUUAAAAGCUUCCCAAGUUCCCGAUUUCCUCUAAAGGUUCCUGCGUUAAAAACGUGGCCAAAGUUUCUGACAUUCUCUAAAGGCUCUUGUGCUGAAUAUGUUCCCAAAGUGCUUGUAUCCCUGAAAGGCUUCCUGGGAUAGAAAGGUUCCUUAGUUCCUGAAAUGUUCCCUGUGGUAAAAACGCGCCUAUACAGAGAGAUGGAGGGAGAGAAAGAAGGAGAGAUGGAAUGCUGGCUUGUUCAAUGAAAACUGCUCCUCAAAGGCUACGAAUCAAAACACGGCAUCCGUUUUAAUGGCCUUAUAAAUGAUCCAAUUAUCUGACGCCUUAUAAUAGGUGAGCGCAGAUUAGCUCAAAUUGCUUUGAUGCUUUUUUUUUCCCUUUUUUUUUGUCAUCCAUCCUGAGUGUGUUUGGCGUUGGAGAGGGGAGGAGUGUUCAGUGGAAAACAGAAAAGCCUGGAAAGCCAGCGGCGUUAGAGGAAAUCUAUUUGGGCUGCUAGAGAGUGGAUGGUUCCUGAGAGGCAGAGAUUAUUUCUCUUUACAUCAUUAAAGUGCCACAUUUUAUUCGACUUUAUACAUCUUAUACAGGCUUGUGAGUUAAGACGGAGUCCCGGAAGGCUUUGGUUUGUUUGUUGAACGUGACAUGAACGAGGGAUAGCUUGCUGAUGUUGGCUGCUGCCCAAACCUGUGGCUGUUCUUACUAAUCAUUCUAGAAAUUUCUCUUCUAUGGGAGUUGCACUAAGGAUCUCUAUCUCUCUCUAAGUCUCUCUCUCUCUCUCUCUCUCUCUCUCUCUCUCUCUCUGUCUCUCUCAGCUACAGAACAUCCUUGUCUUGUUGGGUUUUGUUUGCUAUUCACUGUCAGUUGUAAUGAUUUAUGAGCCGGUUGUUGUACUCGUCCUCGUCGCUGUUUACAUGAAUUAGUUAUUUUUUAAAAAGUUAGUUAUAUUACAAAGUUAUUCCUGGUUGUGUUUAUUGAAAUUAAAAUGGAAAAUAAAAAAAGAGAGCAGAGAGCUAUAAAACCUUUA